AUUAUUGGGGGACGCGUCAAGGUUGGCUUGGAGAGACAUGAGCUUGAGAGGUUGGCAGAUAGGGAGGGGAAUUCUGGGGUUGUCAAGGUUUCGAGGAGGGAUGUCGCGUCUGUGAUUGAUGCCAAGAUGGAUGGAGGAACGACUUGCAGUGCUACACUGACAUUCGCUGCUAUGGCUGGAAUCAAGGUA